AAAUUAAAGGAUUUGCAAAAAGAGAUGGAAAUUUUACAAAAAGAAACUAUCGAAGAAGAGACUGCGUUGGCCGACUUCAAGCGUAAGAAGUUACGAGCAGCAUUGUUAUCCCAGUUGGACGCAUUAUUCGAAUUUGGGGAGAAGUUGAUUAUUCUAACCAAGCACAGUAAAGAUAUUGUUGAAGAAAUUCCUGUUAAUGACACGCAUCCUGGUCAAGAGAAAACUUCACAAAUAGUCUCAAGUGCUAUCAAAGCCUUGGAAGAAUGGGCACCUCCACCGCCGGAAAAGUUUCCAGCUUAUUUACAAAGAUCUCAAGUAACAGCGUCAGAAGAUUCACAAGAGGAAUCGUUGACUACCUCACACCCUGGAUAUGUUAUCAUGCAACCAUCCCAAGAUGCUCCUAAUACCGAGAAAACCGAAUUUCCCUUCGCUACAUAUAAACAAAAAACUUUUCCCACAACAUCAACAUCUACAGAGAAUAUGUCCUCCAAUGCUAAAUAUUAUGAUGAUCCGAAUGAGGCCGACCACAGUGAUCUGGAUCAAACUACAGACGCUGACCAAGAACUCGAAACUCCAAAGAAAUUCUGGGAUGUCAUUACACAUCAAACCAAAGAUUCCAUAACCGAAAACACAAUAACCACGUCUUUUCAUGCAAUACAAACAGAAGGUGUUCCAAGACCACCUACUCCGCCAAUUAGUCAUGCUAAAUCAGUAUCUCCCGAGGGGAGUGAAUCACCAGAGUCGAAUCAAGUUACCCAAAGCGAGGAUCAAGCUAUCGCACCUUCUUCCACACUAGACACACCAUCCGAGAUACAAAUUUUACAGCCAACAAAUCCUACACAAAAUGAUUCGUCCGUACCUUCCGCAGAGGUUUCGGAACCUUAUGUAGAGUCAUCAGAGCCUUCUAUUGAAGUAUCGGAACCGCCCAUAGAAAUGCCUGAAGCUAGCACUUCUCCACAGAAUGAGACAUCCUCUGAAGUUUAUCUAUCCGAUAAAACUCAUAAAAUACACAAUCAUCAAAAGCGCGUUCAUUUCAGUGACGUUGAGGAUGAGAUUCCGUAG